AUGAUAUCUCUUAAUCCAAAUAAAUAUCCUGAGGAUAACCCUUUUUCAGUUAAACAAAAUAAUACUACUUACAAGUAUCACAUUAUUAGUGAAGGAAUUUAUCCACCAAAAAAUAGACUAUGUUAUACUUCAGCACGUUCUCACAAUAAUACUCGAUAUAAAAUUCCAGAUGACUAUUUGAUUCAAACCAGUUGGGGAAAAGGAAAAUCCAAGCAUAUAAUAGAAUGUGAAAUUAAAUAUGAGUUAAAUGAACCAAUUUUUAUAGUUAGAUUUCAAGAAGAUUCGCAACAAUAUAUUUUGGAAUCUAAGAAAUCCCCAAGUGAUACAGCUAAUAAAUAUUUAUGGAAAAAAAAUCCAAAUAAUCCACGUGCAAGAAUCUCUGAUGUAUAUGUGUUUUGUCUUAAUAUUUUGGAUAUAGAAAAAGAAUGUGAAAGAAAACAUCGAUCUUCUUCUUUUAGACCAUUUAAUAUAUUAAGUGAAUCCAUGAAAACAAAACGUUCUCAUACAUUCUCUGUACAAUUAGAUAAAGCCUUUAAAAAUGAG